AUGUUGGGAAAGAAUUUGCUAAACGUGGUGCUCGUCUGCUGCAUGUUCUCUUUGGGGCAGGCUAGAAAGGAGCAAACCGUUGAAGAAUGUGAAAGAAACAUUCCUGAAUCGUUGAAGGGACGCGUCUGUGAGCUUCGUCAAUAUACACCAGUGCAAGGGAAGGACAUGGAUAGCCAUAUGCAAUGCGUGCUGGAAGUGGUUGGCUUUGUGGAGGAAACCGGUGAUGUAGUGUUCCAGGAACUACUCGGUGUGUUGAAAAUGGCUGACGAUAAGCUGGAUCACGCUAGUAAUCUUAAAAAGUGUAAAGCUGAUGCUGAUCCGGUAGCGAGCACUAGCAAAGCGAAUACGUUUUAUACUUGCUUUUUGAAAACGAGCUCGUCGCCGGCAUUCAAGACGGCGGUGGAUUAUGUGGAGCUAAUACUAGCUGGCAAACUACGUUCGGACAUGCCAUUCGAUGCUAACCGUGUGGCAGCAUUAAUGAAGCAAAUUGAUGAUGGUUUGUGCUCAUGA